AUGUCCUCAAAGGUCACGAAGCUGAAUACCAGCUCUGUCCAAGGCAGCUGCGAAGUUUCAGCUGCCUCUCUAAGUAUCAAUGAGUUAAUGACUGUUAUUGUAACCAAACUUGAAAUGUUAGAAAAACAAAUUGAUGAAAAGAUUAAAGCAAUGGAUGACAAAGUGGAGAAGGAAAUUUCCCAUAUACAAGAAAAACUGAACAUGUUGGGAAAUCAAAUAGAUAUCCUCAAUUGUCCUUCAUGUUGGCAGGAAUUUCAAGGAAGCUGCUAUUACUUCUCAGGAAAUGCAAAAACCUGGAGCAAAGCUAGAGACAUAUGUAUUACAGUUAAUUCCUUCCUGAUUGUUAUUGACAGUAAGCAAGAGCAGGAUUUUGUGGUUAGCAAAAUGACAUUACCAGUCUGGAUUGGUUUGAGUGAUGAAGUGGAGGAAGGUCAGUGGCGUUGGGCUGAUGGAUCACCUCUUGGACAAAGUUUCUGGAAGCCAGGAGAACCCAAUAAUUUUGAUACUGGAGAAGAUUGUGCCAUCCUGUUGAAAGAGAACAACUGGAAUGACUUUAACUGUGAAGGCAAAUUCCACUUUAUCUGUGAGAAGACAGUAAAUUGUGCACAGCCCCAAGAAAGGAAGCAGUGA